CUCUUUCUAUCCUCCGGUCGGUGUCGCCGCUGCCGGACAGACAGCCCUUUGGAUUUUUGCAAGAUGGCGACCGGCAAGGUGUUGCCCACCUUGGUGGCCCUCGUGGUUUUCCUCAAUUCGGCCCUCGCGCUUCCCCUGAAGACCUGCCCUGCCUUUGAAUGUACAGGAUCGAAUGAUGUUUUCGCUUUUGAGCCGAAAAAGAUCUAUUCAUAUCACUUGGAAACGCAAACUUCAAGCGUCCUGAGCGGUGCCACCGUGCCCCAGGGCAAACUCCAUCUCACUUCGGAAGUGACCGUGCAGGCGGUUAGCCCAUGCUCGGCCAUACUGACCGUUAAGAAGGCCACAGUCAUUAAUGGAGAAAAGAAGCACCUUGGUGCCGCUGCUAUUGAGGGCUCACCAGUCCUGAUCGGCGUCCAGAAUGGCCAGCUUGUGUCUGAGUUCUGCGCCAACAAGGCAGAUUCCAUCACCUCCUUGAACGUCAAGAGGGCCAUUGCUUCGCUCUUCCAGGUCCCUGUGGAGCAAAAGCAAUAUACGGACAUUUUUGGCACUUGCGAAAUUUCAUCCACUGUUCUGAACGGAGCCGACGGCACUACCGAGAUCAACUCUUUCCGCAACCUGAACAGCUGCAAGCACCGAGAGAGUAUCAUCUCUUCAAUUCCUUCUUCCUCUUACGACUUUGACGCUCCUGAGCAGUCCAAUCCCAUCAUCAAGUCUAGUGCUCGUCUAGAGCAGAGACUGAAGAACAAGGUCCUCGAGGCUGCCUCCGGACACGAAGAGUACCACUUUGUGCCUUACAGCAACCAGGGCAAUGGAGCAAUCAUCACUGUCUCGACCAACAUCACACUCACAGGCACCGCCGACGGAGACGCGCAGUUUGCUGCCUCUGCUGAACCAACUUCUGUUUCCGUCAUCUUCGAGGCUCCUCAUGGAUCCAGUAGCGACUACUCUAGUGGAAAGGCCAUUAAUGCUGCAGUUGAGGAAGCGUGCAAGGCCAUCGAAGCCCACAGUGUCGAUUCUGCCCACUAUGUCCGCAGCUUGAUCCAAGUUAUUCGCCAGUCUUCUGCUGCCAAUCUCCUGCAGGUUUACAAUACCAACAGCAAGAACCCAUGUGGAGGCAAGUUGAUGCUCGAUGCCCUUAUCAACGCUGCCACUGGCCAGACUGUUGAGGCUUUGGUAAAACUAGCAAAGAGCAAGGCUUUGGACCUCGAUCAAUUUUACACUAGUCUUGCGUUCAAUCGUCACCCCACCCUUGCCUCCAUCAAGGCCAUCACCACUCUGAUCGAGAAGGGUAAUCCUGCACGCAACCUUAUUCUUGGUGCUGGAUCCCUGGUAGGCAAGUACAAUGAGGAGCAUGGAAUUGAGGGAGCAAAGGAAAUUGACACCCUUUUGGAAAGAAUUGCCAGGCCCCUAGAAAACUGCAACGCCAACAACCACGAACAGGAAGACAAGAUUUUGACAGCUCUCAAGGGUAUUCACAAUGCCCACUACAUCCCUGACUCUGUCGCUGACAAACUGAAGGAAUGUGCCAGCCGCAAGUACUCAACUCGUGUGCGCGCUGCCGUCAUCGACUCCAUCCAGAGUGACGCUGGCAACGCCAAGCUGAAGCCUACCAUUCUUGAAAUCCUGGAGGACCGCGAGGAAGACUCUGAAUUGCGUAUCAAGGCCUACCUUGUUGCCGCCACCUGCCCGUGCGGCAAAGUCUUUGAGUCAGUCAGCAAGCUUGUGCAAAAUGAGCCUGUCAACCAGGUUGGAUCCUUCAUCGCCACCCACCUGCGCAACCUGAGAGCCUCCGCCAACCCUGACAAGGCCGGAGCCAAGGCCAUCCUUGGAUCCAUCAGGGUCCCUGCGAAUAAGUACAAGUACGACUACCGCCGCUUCUCCACCAACACUGAGCUGAGCUUCUCCCUGGGCAAGGAAGGUGUUGCCGCCUCUGCCGAGUCCAAUGUCAUCUUCUCGCAGAAGUCCUUCCUUCCCAGGAGCACCGACCUGAACCUGACCGCCAACGUUCUGGGACACUCAUUCAACCUGCUGGAGGUCGGCCUUAGGGCUGAGAACCUCGAGCACAUCCUGGAGACCUACUUUGGGCCCAAGGGCUACUUCAAGACUCAUUCUCCCAAUGAUGUUGUCACCACCGGAAAUGAGACUGUCAACAACCUUGCCCAAAAGAUCAAGGAAAGGGCCGUCCAGUCCAUACAGUCCACCCGCAACAAGAGAUCAGUUGAUCGCUCGAGUUUGGAAAAGAUGAGCGCCAAGGUUAAGCUGGAGGAUGACGACAACAUCAACAUUGAUGUUUACCUGAAGCUUUUCGGUUACGAGCUGGCUUUCUACUCUUACUACGGCAACCCCACUGAAUUCACCCCUGCUGGCAUCGUUGACAAAAUCUUUGACAGAGUUGACAGCACCAUCGAUAAGGCUAAGGACUAUAAUUUGAACAUCGACAAGAACGUUCAGCUCUUUGACACCGAGUUCACCUACCCCACGUUUGCUGGUUUCCCACUCAAGCUGACUUCUGCUGCCACUGCUGCUAUCAAGGUUGAACUGAAAACACAUUUUGAUCUGCAAGCUAUUGUUAGGGCACCCCAACAGACUGAUAUUGCAUUCAAAUUCAUUCCGAGUGCGACCGUCGAAGCCUCAAGUGAGUUCUUUGUUGACUUCUACAUUGCUGCCUCUGGCCUGAAGCACGCUGCCACCAUCCACACUUCCAAUGGUGUUGACCUGACCUUCAAGAUCUUGAACGGCAAGGGCUUUGACCUUAACAUCGGCACCCCUCUUGCUCAGCAGGAGAUUCUGCAUGUCAAGUCGGACCUUUUCAGCGUCAGCCGUGACAAGGGAUUUGCUCCCGUCCAAACCCCGAUUGUUAUUACUAUUCCAAAAAAACAAUAUUAUGGCUGCUUUGACCAGCUGUCCCCAUUCAUCGGUGUCACUUUCUGCGGUGAUUUGAGCUUCCCUAAUGAAGGUGUGCCCAAGAAAGGACCUUUCUUCCCUCUGGAUGGCCCUGCUGAGUACUAUGUUCUGAUCAAAAAGGACGACCCUGCCCUUACAGCAUACAAUAUCAAUGCCCAGUACCACGAUGAGGAUCCCAAUGUGAAAGGAUGGAGCCUCCAGUUCAGCACCCCUCGUGCCAGCUCCGAGAGGCUUGUUAAAUUCUUGUUCACUUUAGCACAGAGGGAGAGUCAAAAUGAGGCCAAGCUUGAGUUCAUUACUCCAAUUAAGUCUGGAUACGCUGCUGUUACUCUCAUUGAAGACAAGCAGGAGAAAGCUAUUGAUGCAAUUCUCAAGAUGGAUGCUGAUGAGUACAAAGCUAAGGUUGGUCUUACUGUCAUUGAGUCCUCCGAUGCUGCCACCACAUAUAAGCCUCAACUGACCUAUUCUGGACCUGGUGACGAUGGCUCCAACAAGCAGUACACUGUUGAUGGCGUUAUCAAGCACGAAAAGAGUGGCUCUUUGGACAAGUUGACCUUCACCGCAGUUGCAGUCACAAUUCCCAAGAACAAGUACCAGCUUGAUGGUUUUGCCGGACACUCGAAUACAGGUUUUGAUGUUGACCUGGUUGCCAAGUACAACAACCUUGCUGAAACUGUUGCCCUCAAGAGCAAGUACGAGCGAACAUCUGACAAGGCUGCUCACUUUGAUAUUGAAUUCAAGGCAUCAAAGUAUCCUGAGGCUGCCUUUGCUGCUAACUAUGAUGGAAAGCGUGACGAGCUUUUGGUUGACAACAAACUGAAGGUUUAUUACGGUACUGACCUUAAGAAUGAAGACCACAGCGUAACAAUCGAACAGCACUGGCAGGCUGAGAAAUCUGAGGAAAAGAUCGCCUCCUUCUCCACCAAGAACAAAUUGAGCAUACCUGGUGUUGGAAUUUUCCUGCAUUAUGAUGCCGACGGAGUCCGUGACAAAAGUGUGCACUUCAUCGCCGAGGUUGGCUAUGAAAAGCAGAGGCUCACUUCUGAGCUCAACUACAAAUUCAACAUCCCAGGCCCUGAUGGACAGAAAGACUCAAAGGACCCUGGUGGCUUCGAGCUGCUUCUCAAGGCCGGUGCUGCCGGAAAGGUUGUGACCAUCAACUCAAACCGUGUCAUCGAGACUCCCACCACCUCCAAGACCCUGUUCAGCGUUGACCUCCAGCCCGAGAAUAAGGUCUUCAAGAUUGAAUCGGACCUCAUUCACAAAGUGUUGAAGAAUGAUGUAAAGCUCAUGAUCACCUCUGUUGUUUCCAUCACUGGAUUCCCUGACACUUAUACUGUCUGCACUGGUGUUGAGAACACCCCUGAACAAAGCCAGGGCCACCUCCAGUUCUCAAAGGGAUCUGUCGAAAUCUUCAAGGUUAAGGGUGAGGCUAAGCACGGUGACACUGAAACUGGCAAGUUUGAAGUCUUCCUUAAGGACUUCCUCGACGGAACUGGUACCUUCAGCCACACCAAGAGCAAAAAUGAAGGAACUAUUGAUUCUACAUUCAACUCUCAAAAACUUAACCGCAAGGUUGUUGUAACUGGAAAACUAGCCCCUGGCGCUAAGGCAACCGUCCGUGAGCUGAGUGUCAAUGUUCUCCUUGAUGCCGACAAGAAUCCUAGCAACAAAGUCUCCAUCGACUCGAGUCUUGAUUUGAACAAAGACGGCCGCUCUUAUGACACAAAGACCACAAUUUCCAUCAUUGACAGUACUUUUGUGAUCAGCCUUAAGGGAGUUGUGCCCAAUCGCACUCCUCUGGAAAAUGGAGUCAUGUCCAGAUUUGACGGCUCCCUCGAGCUGCCCAGCAAACAGGUUAUCAGUGCGUAUGCUGACUUGGUCCAGCUCCAGGAAUCACAAGGAAAGGGAACCACUGCUCUCAUUAAAUUUGAUGACGGAAAAGAUUACAAGCUGAAGUACUCUGGAAAAUACGCAAGCGUUGAUGGUUUCGCUGUUGCUACCUUUGACGUAGACACUAAUUUGGAGCUGAACUCUGCUCAGAAGAACCUUGUUAUUGCUUAUAAUAUUAAAAAUACUCCUGGUGACAACACAAAAACUAUUGUCCACAAGAUUGAUGUCACUGGAUCUGCCAUUCCUCAACCAUUCAGCUCCAUUUUCACUGCUGAAAUCCAGGACACUCCCAAGUAUCACCUGACGACUCGUUAUGGUGAGAAGGUUGCUGUUGAUGCCGAGACGUCUUUCAAUUUCAAGAACAGGAAGGAUCAGUCAUAUGACCUUAGCUUCAACCUGAAAUCUGAUUUCGAGGGCUACAAGCAAGUCAAGUACACUUCCUCCUACAAGGGUAGCAUUGAUACAGAGGCUAGCAAUGGAAACGCCAGAGACUUCUUGGAAAUCGAGAAUGCCCGAGUGUAUGACAUUUCUGCCCACUACGACUAUGUGCACACCGCCAGCGAGUGCAAAGGAAACUACAAGCUGACCAGCCUCUUGGGGGCUGAAGAGAAGGACCCCCGUGAAUUCUCUUUCUCCCACGAAUACACUGGCCCCACCGAGCUUAAGGUUGACACUAACAGGGCUCGCAAAUUCACUGGAACGGUCGGACUCAGCCAGGGCAGCACAGCCUUUGGACUCAAGUUCGAUGCUGAGACCCCUGGAGACGGAACUACCAGCGGCAAAUUUGGAAUCACUCUUGACACUCCCAUUGAGAACUACAAGACCAUUGUGCUCAAACUUGACCAUAAAAGCCAGAAUUCUGGAAAGCUGAUUGAGGCUGAUGUUGAACUGAACUUCGACAACAACGAAGCUCGGCAUUAUCUUCUCCAUGGCAAGGCUGAUUUGAGCGAAGUCAGCCGAGUCUUCUCAGUCCAGAUCACCAAGUUUGACAAGACCCCAAUCUUUAAGACCCACGCUUCCUACCAGAGACCAUCUAGCAACGAGAUUCAGGGUGAACUGAACAUCAAUGUUGGAGGCGCCAAGCCCUUCAAUCUGGCCGUCAAUGGCGUUGCCAAGUACCCUGGAGGUUUCGAUGAAUUUGAUGUUGUUGUCAACUUGGACUCAGAGGACUUGAAACUGAGCAAGGUCAGAGUUCACCUGGAUGGCAAGAACCAGGGUGCCAAGGGACGCAAGAUCAACGUUUCCAUCAAGUCCGCUGAAAAGACUUACAUCGAGGGAAGUACCACUUUCCAGAAGAAGGAUGAUGGCACAAGCACUGUGUAUGAGGGCAAGGGCGAAGUUGAGCUGAACGGUGACAAGUACUCAUCCGACAUCAGGUUGGCGCACCGCGUUCUCCAGAAGGCUAAGGAUUCCGAAACUGGUUUUGAUAUCACCCUGAACGGCGUUUUGACUGGCAAGCUGAAGAGAACCAUCGAUGCUCAGUUCCUUCUCACUGACAAAGCUCUGAGAACUUACACCAAGUACUGUAACGACAAGUGCUCUCAGGUUGAUGUUGGAAACACCCUUAAGAUCACUGAUGCCACUGAAUUGCAUGUCGAGAAUAAGGUUUCUUUCGACUUCGAGCACACUCCUAACCCCUUCGCACUUAACAUCAACUCCAAACUGCACCGCAAGGGCUUGGCUUUUGAGCACAGAAUUGAGGCUGAGCUCGGCAAGGCUGAAAAAUCCACCAAGUAUGUGUACGAAGCUCUCCUCAAGGAUCGAUCUCUUGGUCUGCACUUGAUCACCCCCAAGAGGACCAUUGCCAUUGAUGGUGUCUUCUCCACUCCCGAAAAGGCAAAGAGUGAGAACUCUCAGAGCUACAAGGCUGAAUUGACUGCUUACCUGGACAAGGCUAAUGAGCCUGACAAGAAGCUGACGCUUUUGUCCUCCCUGGACGUCAACAAGGGCAAGGAUGGCACAAUUUACACAUCAGAUCUGAAAAUUUCUCAUCCUCUUAUUGGAAAGGACCUUGUCUUCAAGAGCAAGAACUUGAUUGGAACUGGACAGGUUCUGCUUGAUUCCUCUUUCACCCUGGACGUCUUCGCCAAGAAAAACCAGGCCAUUGUGUUCAGCAUCAAGAAUGAGCGCGUCCCAAUUGAUGGCGGCUUUAACAUGACCUCUACCUUGACCAUCACCAGCAAGGCCCAGGGUUUGGACGUGACCACUGUGAACCACUUUGUUGCUACCAAGAAGGAGGUUGGCUUUGGCUCCGUCAUCACUUGCAAGAGUGACAACGAGGUCAGGGAGACUGCUGCCAUCUUUGCUGCCAGCAUCGACAGCCUGUUGAUCUUUGUCGGGUCGCCAUCCUGCGAGAUCCUCAGAAUUCACGGAGACUGCAAGAGACAAACAGGAAUUCCUCCCAAGGCCAAUGUCUAUCUGUCUUUCCUUGACACCAUCAACUUUGAGGGAGAAGUGAUCGGUUAUCAAAGCUUCAAGUACCAGGCUUAUGACAAGAACCAGCCUGAAAUUCGCACCGUUUACUCUGGCGCCUUCGAACUGGAGAAGGAGCUUCUGCUGGAGGCUGACCACCUAUCUGCUGGCAGCUCUGCCAAGCUCUUCCGCCUCCGCGUCGCUCUGGACAAGGACAACUUCCUGCAGACUGAACAGACCCUUGACCCCGAUCAGCUGAAGGUUGCUCUUGACAGACUGCAGACGAUCGGCAAGUCUGCCGCCGACAGACUCACCCAGUGUGUUACUGCGAACUACAAGGUGGCUGAGACCAGAGCCAAAUCCAUCCUCGAAGGCCUAAAGAAAUCCCAGCCUAACCUGAAACCCCUCAUCGACAGAUGCAAGGCUCAAUUUGAAGCCCUGCAAACUGAACUUAGAGCUGACCCGACCAUAAAUGAAAUUUUCGAAGUCAUCCAAAACCUUGUUGGUGGUCUUACCCAGACUGUCACUAAGUUCCUGCAGACCCUUGGCGAGUAUGUCGAGAAGGUCACGACUGUCCUGAAGGAAUGGGCUAGCAAAUUCGCCGAAUUGAUCAACAAACUGACUCCCGUUUUUACUGAAGCUAUUGGAAAUGUCAGCAAAGCCUUGUCAAGCACGUUCACCACCUUCCUGGAAAUCUUCACUAAGUUGGCUGGAAAGGUCCUGGAAGCCAUUAAGGCCAACAGCGGUGACAUCCAGAAGAUCUUCGGGCUCUUUGCCGAGUUCAUCAAAGAUCAAAGCAAGAUUGUUGGAGAAAUUGCCAAUGAGCUCAGCACCUACGUGAAUGAGUUGAUCAAGACCAUCAUCAAGCAGCUCGAGUCGCAGCCGUUCCUGGACAAAAUCAAGGAGAGAUACGAAGAGUUCUACAAACUGUUCUUGGAGCGCUUUGACGGAGUGUUUGCCGAAAUUGCCGAUAACCUGAAGGAAAUUCUGCCUAACCAGGAGCUCAAGGAAUUGGCCGAUGCCUUUGUCGACUACAUCACUAAGAAGGUUAAGGGUCAACCUGUGGAUGACAUUGCUGAGCUGAAGAAGCUGACCGAAAAGCUGGUCAAGGCUUUCACCGCCCUUGUAAAUCUGCCUGCAGCUUCUGGAAUUCCAGGAAUUGAGGGCCUGAACCUUGAAAACAUUUUGAAAUUUAGUGUGACACCCGCAAACUUUGACUCACUGAUUGCCCUGCCCCAAUUCACCAGCUUCAGGGCUAGCCUUCUGGAGCUUCUUGGUGCUAACGAUCUGCCCUCGGCUGCUGAGAUCUUCUUCACUUACUCUGUGCCCCGCCGUUUUGACGAUGCUGUCAUUCCUUACAGAGCCUUUGGCCAAAUCUCUGGAUCUAAGCACUUCUACACCUUUGACGGAGACCACUACACCCUGAAGGGUGAUUGCCAGUACCUUUUGGCUAAGGACUUUGACGAUGGCAACUUCAGCUUGACUGUCGAGCUGGCCGGAAAUGAGCUCAGGUCUGUCGCUUACAUCGACGCCAAGGACAAUGUCGAGAUCAAGGCUGACCACUCUGUCUUGGUUAAUGGACAAGUUGCUGAUCUGCCCUUCCACCAAAAUGACGUCAGCAUCUAUCGCACCUUGAAUGCAGUGAACCUCAAGAGCAAGUACGGAGUUGAAAUUGUCUGUGACCUGCACCACGACCUCUGCUCUUUUGCUGUCAAUGGCUACUACUUUGGAAAGACCCGUGGUCUCCUCGGAACCAUCACCAAUGAGAAGUUUGACGACUGGACCUUGCCAAAUGGAAAGAUUGCCACCACCGUGUCUCAGUUCUCCAACGCCUACAUGCUGAGCGACUCCUGCCAGAACCAGGUUCCUGUCGAGCACAAACACAACACCCACGCUGAAUGCGCAAAUGCUUUCACUGCUCCUGCAUCUUUCUCUGAGUGCUUCUCCUUUGUGGACCGCACUCCUUACCGCCAGGGCUGUGAGGAUGCCUUCGACGAUGCUCAGACUCCCGAGCAAAAGAGUGCCGCAAUCUGUGAUGCUGCCGCUGCUUAUGUGUCCAAGUGCCGUGACGCCACCUUCCUUCUACCCACCCUGCCUUUGAACUGCGCUCAAUGCAGCUUGGGUGCCACCAGCAUCAACGUUGGAAAGACUGCUGUUGUCAAGACAGCUGGCAAGGUUGACGCCGUCAUUCUCGUCGAACAGGUUUCCGACAACGAAGUCACCUUCAAGGACUUGGUCCUUCCUUUGGCUGCUCAGGUUAAGGUGGAUCUGACCUCAAAGGGCUUCACCGACAUCAGGUCCGUCCUGAUUGGCUAUGGCGCUCCUGGCCAGCAGUGGCCGUCUCUCUACACCACCGAUGGCAAAUUCAUCUUUGACAGCACCAAUCCACCCAAGCAGCUCAAAUUCGGCGCUUCUGAAUCUGGAAAUGCUGGUGCUAACGUGCACCCUCUUCUGGCUUUCCUCAACAGGGCCAAGGAGUACAGUGCCCUUGAAUUGGGUCUCACCCCUCUUGCCCAGGCAUUCAGACAGGUCAUCGAGUUCCCAUUCAGACCUGAUGCUGCAAAGGCUGUCAUUCUCGUCAGGAGCAGCGAGUGCCACAAGACCAAACUGCCUGUCUCGCUCCAGCAAUUGACCUUCCUGCAGGCCAGAAACUUCUUCAAGGACCGCGGAAUUGUUGUUGGACUCGUCCAACCCAUCGACAUCACCACCACUGCUGCUGAGAAGAAGAUCAUUGGUUUUGAUUCUGAGGCUGCCAUCACCUACACCAAGAAGGGUGUUGACCCCAAUGGCCGCUCCGAAAUUAACUACAGUAGCGACUCUUGCGCGCCUUACAUUGACACCGUCAAGCCUCUUGUUCUGAGCAGCAAGAUCUUCAACGAACUUAAGGCUGGUCCUCGCAAGCAGUUCAUCCAGAGCGCGUCCAGCAGAUUUGCCAGUCUGCUUGCAGUCGAGAACACCCAGAACUGCGACUGCGUUUUCCACGAGGGUCUGCACGCACAGACCAGGUGCUCUGUCUCUGCCACCAAGCAGAAGGGCAAGAAGAACUAAAUAUUAUAUGGAGCUUAAGAAUGAAAGAGUGCAGUUUAGAGGAAUUGAAGGAGUGAAAAAUUUUUGACUGUAAUGUUAAGUGAAAAAGUGUAAAAUAAAUACAACAACAAAACUAAUGAAAUUUUAUUUAUGCUCUGGUAAUAUAAUUAAUUAUUAAAUUUAAUUUUAUUAUAUAGAAAUUUUGUUUU